AUGGAUCUAGGCUCUGAUUGGGACAUUUCCACCAUGAAAAGCUCGGUGGUGAAGCUUGGGACGUGGGGCGGCGACGGCGGCAGCGCCUGCGACCUCACGGUGGCGCCGCAGCGGCUGGAGAGCAUCACCAUCCGCUGGGGCAAGGUCAUCUACUGGAUCUCCUUCUCCUACCGUGAUCGGAGCGGGAAGCUGCACACCGCCGGCCCCUGGGGCGGCAACGGCAAAGGAGAGGGCACGGAGACGAUCACGCUGGAGGCCUCGGAGUAUGUAACGGGAGUUGCCUGGUCAGUGGGCCCAUUCACGUUCAAGAACGUGGAGUGUUGCAUCACCUCCAUCAAGGUUGUGAGCAACCUCCGCAGCUACGGCCCUUUCGGCCACGGAGUAGACAGCACGCACCACAAUCUGCCCGUGCUCAACGGCAGAGUCGUCAGCAUGUUCGCCCGCGCAGGAGAUUUUCUCGACGCCAUCGGCUUCUACAUCCUCCCAGCUGCCCUCCCUGCUAUAAAACCUACGCUCCCGUCUGGAUUAGAGCGGCGACGGUGGCUCAAUCCCACCCGGCGGCACCCUCUCCCCUCCACCUCGAAAGCCGGCGGCCUUCCCCAGCUCCCUUGCUGGUGCAUCCCGUGGAUCCAUCGAGGAGGCUGCGGAUCCGGCGGCAUCUUCAUCCUCCCCACCGACGGCACCUUCGUCCUCCCCUCUGGCUGCUGUGGGACUAGCGAUGGCGGAUCCGACCUCAUGCGCAUGGCGGCCACCUCCGACGGCAUCUACACCAUCCUGGCGGCGGUGGCGGCCGCCCGCCCACCUCUCGUCGCAGCGGUGCCUCCUCCACCUUCGCGGGCGGCAGCGCCCCUCACCGUAGUGCAGUCCCAUGGCGGCCGUCCCCCAGGCGGUGGCGGCAGCACCCCCUCCCUUUGGCGGCGGUGGCGGCGGCCAUCAAUGGGUGGGCUGGACCUCCACGGCGAUUGCGCGCCACUCUUGAUCUUCACGGCUGUGCGGCCCCGGCGUGGACGGCCCUGGCGGCGGCGCAUCCAGAGCAUGGGGCGGCAGACCGCACCGCGUCGACACUCCCCUGCCGGCGGUGGAGCAGCCCAAGUGUGGACGCCCUUGGUGGUGUCGGCGAAUGCAUAUUCGGUACACUCCUAG